AUGGCUGUCCUCACAAGAGCGCAAAGUGCGGACAAACGGGGAAUUCAUGAGACGCAUACACAACCAUAUCGACAUAACAGGACAGCUUAUCAGGACAAGUCCAAGCACCAAGGAACAACCAAACCCGCCUGGCGACCAACAUUUCACCUAACAGCUCCUCAUGGCUGGCUAAACGACCCCUGCGGUCUAGGGUACGAUCCCACAACCGGACUCUACCAUCUAUCCUUCCAAUGGAACCCGAAAGAAAACGACUGGGGUAAUGUGUCCUGGGGUCACUCUGUCUCCCGGGAUCUCAUUGAGUGGGAGACAUCGCUGGUUCCGUGUUUAACGCCUUCUACUGAAUAUGACCGCUGCGGUGUUUUCACAGGAUGUUUGUGGUCUACCGAUAUCCAUGGAAAUUCUGGUGCGCUUACAUACUUGUACACGUCUGUGGGACAUCUUCCGAUUCAUUACAGUUUGCCGUAUAAGACCGGUUGCGAGACACUCAGUAUGGCAGUCUCGCGAGAUGGAGGGAAAACGUGGAAACGACAAGACUGCAAUCCGAUACUACCAGGCCCACCGGAAAAUGUGAACGUGACUGGUUGGAGGGAUCCGUAUAUCUGUUCGUGGCCGACAAUGUGCAGCGGGUCAAACAGUGACCUCUAUGGAUUCAUCUCCGGAGGUAUUGCUGCAGAGACUCCGACUGUGUUUGUGUACUCUGUUAACCCCAAGGAUUUGCGGGAAUGGAAGUACAUUGGGCCGUUGGUUAAUGUUGGACUGAAUUUCCGGCCAUCGAGGUGGUCUGGUGAUUUUGGUGUAAACUGGGAGGUUGCGACGCUGGCGACUUUAUCUGAUGAUGAAGGGACUUCGAGAGAUUUCUUUGUAAUGGGGACAGAAGGGUGCAAGGAAACUGGUCACCAGCCGAAACGGGUACCCCGAGGACAGCUCUGGAUGUCUGUUAACCCUCGCCAUGGACGAAGAAGCACAUCAGACGCAUUUGCAACAUAUGGAUUCGCCGGAAUCUUCGACCACGGCUGUUUCUACGCCGCCAAUGCCUUCUAUGAUCCCGUCACGGGCAGGAAAAUCGUUUACGGAUGGAUCAUGGAGGAAGAUCUACCAGAUGCCCUUCGUCAUCCGCAGGGCUGGAGUGGGCUUAUUUCUCUUCCAAGGGUUAUGAGCUUGACGACAUUACGCCGUGUUAAGAGGGCGCGUCAAUCUGAGUUAAAGUCGAUUACGUCUAUUGAAAUGGAGGAAGAUGCAGAGACUGGGACUUAUACUAUUCGAACGUUGGGCGUGCAGUCUGAUCCGAGAGUUGAGAAGCUUCGAGCGAAUGCAUGCAGGAGACAAAUUGGUGGUUUGGAAUUGAAGCCGGAAGGAUUCACAUUACCCUUGACGACAUCAAAAUGGGAACUAGAUGCUGAGUUCGCCGUUGGGAGCCAAUGUACGAGCGUUGGCGUGGAGAUUGACCACGAUGAUUCGAACUACACAACUCUCACCUGGGCCCCAUCCACCGAAACCUUCCAGAUCAACCGCCCCAACCCUAUUCCCGACUCCAAUAUCAAUUACGCUCCCGAAAAAGCUCCCCACACUCUCUUCACCACCUUCGACCCAGAAACAGGUACAGAAAGCGAAGAACCGCUGCGCAUACACGCGUACUUCGAUAUGAGCGUGCUAGAGAUCUUCGUGAACGAGCGAACGGUUGUCUCGACUAGAGUUUAUCCGUUGAACGAUCAUUGUACUGGUGUACGAUUCUUUGGCGAUGCGAACACCACGCUCUCACGCGCAGAUGUGUGGGAUGGAUUGGGUGUAAUGCACUAA